AUGCAAAACUUUUAUUUGAUCUCUUCUUCAAAAAAUAUAUUUGAUUUAAGCAAAGUACUCAUUAGCAUUGGCUCACUUGGUGAUAUUAGAAUUGAAGAAGAAACACCAAAUAUAUUACCUCGACAUUGUUCAUUAAUUGUAUGCGAUAAAGAUUGGGGAAGAUGUGUUUGUAACUUAAGUGACUUAGCACCAGUUCUUGUCAAUGGAGUUAAAGUAGAGACUAAACAAAACUUACACCAUGGGGAUGUGUUAUCAGUUUGUGGGAAAGAAUUUACAUAUUUAAAGAAGAAGGAAGAGACACGACCAAAUACUCGUAUUACAAUUAAAAUGAAUGACCGUCCUUCAUUAAAGCUUCAAAUUAAAAGGAAAGAAGAAACUAAGCCAAUCCCACCUUCAUUUGAUGAUAAUUUUUUAAUUAAAAAAACAGUAUGUCAAAAGAAAAAAAAAUCUUUUAAUAAACAACAUAACGAAAAGUGUAGGACUUCUAAACUUGAAGAAAUCACUUCAGAAAGUAUUGAUGAUAAAUCUAAUGAACAAAUCGUUUUUAAUAACAUUGACUAUAAUGAUGAAGUAUUUAUAUUUGAUGAUGACGAUGAUAAUGUUGGAAAAACACAAAGUUGUAAUACAAGUGGACUUGCAAAUGAUCAAACAAUAUUUUUUGCAAAUAGUGAUAAUAUUAGUGAUGAUGAACCAUUUUACUUUGAUUAA